CGUCCCACGGGCACCGGGGGCUGCGGGGGACACCCCGCUCGCCGUCACCUAAAAUGGCCGGUUAAGGUCCCUGCAGGCUCCCGGCUGCGGCACGGCACCGCCGAGGUCCCGAUAUAUAUAUAUAUAUAUAUUAAAAAAAAAAAAGAAAAAAAAGGAAAGGAAAAAAAAGCAAAAAGGCGGGAUUUCGGGUGGGUUUUCCAUCCAUUUUCGUGCCGGUGGCUGCCGCGUGUCUCGCCCAGCCGGCGCAGGUAACCUAGUUCGGAACGCCUCUGCCGCCGCGCCGAGCGUGACUCGCCGCUCCUGCCGUGCGGCAGCGGCACCGUCGGGGCCCCCGGGAGGGCAGCGCCGCCGCCGCCGCCACCGGGGACACACGGGCCGCGCACGGGGGCCGCCGGAGCGCCGGAGCACCGGGCGGGCUCCGUGCCCGCGGCCGGGGGAUGCCGCCGAGGCCGGUGCCGGCGGCCUGAGCCAGGGCACGGUGCCGCGGAUCCCCCGGGCCAUCCCGUGCCGUGCCGUGCCGUGCCGUGCCGGGCCAGCAGCGAGCAGGCAGCGGCAUCGGGGACGGCUCCGGGACCCUCCGAGCGCAGCGGGCUCCGCUCCGGUGCUGCUGACAGGCGGCGGCCCCGGGCCCACCAUGCCGUCCAGCGGGAGCCUGGACACCGGCAGCCCCGCGCCCAGCCGCGAGGCCCUCGACACGCACAAGGGGGAAGAGGAGCCCGAGGAGACCCCGAGCAAGGAGGAGAAGCAGGAGCCAGGCACGCCCAUGAGGAAGGCCGGGCGGCCCGGGAGGAAGCGCAAGCAUGCCCAGCAGGCGGAGAGCAGUGAGAGCCCCAAGGACACGGCGGCCGCCCCCAAGUGCCCCCCGGCGUGCCCCGAGGCCAGCCCCGCCGAGCCGCUGCCCAACGGGGACGUGGAGGGCGACGCCGAGGAGGCCGGGGGCAGCCCCAAGGGCGGGCGGCCCGAGGAGGACGAGGCCGAGAGCCCCGCGGCCGGGGAGGCGGGCCGGGCCCUGGAGAACGGCCGCUGCACGCCCAAGGAGGGGCUGGACGCGCCCGCCGACGACGGCGACAUGGCCCCCUCCGACCCCCAGAAGAAACGCGGCAGGAGGAAACUGCUGGAGGGCGCUGAGAAAGGCAAGGACGAGAAGGAGGAAAACAACAACUUCGACAGCCUGAAAAUGGAGGGCUCGCGGGGGCGGCUCCGGGGCGGGCUGGGCUGGGAGUCCAGCCUGCGGCAGCGGCCCAUGCAGCGGCACACCUUCCAGGCCGGGGACCCCUACUACAUCAGCAAGAGGAAACGCGACGAGUGGCUGGCACGCUGGAAGAGGGAGGCCGAGAAGAAGGCCAAGGUGAUCGCCGUGAUGAACGUGGUGGAGGAGCCGGCGCGGGCCGAGGCGCAGAAGGAGGAGGAGGCCAGCCCGCCCCCCGGGCCGCAGCAGCCCACCGACCCCGCCUCGCCCAGCGUGGCCACCACGCCCGAGCCCGCCGUGGCCGAGGCCGGCGACAAGAACGCCUCCAAGUCGGCCGACGAUGAACCCGAGUACGAGGACGGGCGCGGGUUCGGCAUCGGCGAGCUGGUGUGGGGCAAACUGCGCGGCUUCUCCUGGUGGCCCGGGCGCAUCGUGUCCUGGUGGAUGACCGGCCGCUCCCGCGCCGCCGAGGGCACACGCUGGGUCAUGUGGUUCGGGGACGGCAAGUUCUCCGUGGUGUGUGUGGAGAAGCUGCUGCCCCUGAGCUCCUUCGCCAGCGCCUUCCACCAGGCCACCUACAACAAGCAGCCCAUGUACCGCAAGGCCAUCUACGAGGUGCUGCAGGUGGCCAGCAGCCGGGCAGGGAAGAUCUUCCCCGCCUGCCCCGAGAACGACGAGAGCGACACGUCCAAGGUGGUGGAGAUCCAGAACAAGCAGAUGAUCGAGUGGGCCCUGGGCGGCUUCCAGCCCUCGGGGCCCAAGGGGCUGGAGCCCCCCGAGGAGGAGAGGAACCCCUACAAAGAAGUUUACACGGAGAUGUGGGUGGAGCCCGAGGCCGCCGCCUACGCGCCGCCCCCGCCCGCCAAAAAACCCCGCAAAAGCACAACCCAGGAGAAGCCCAAGGUCAAGGAGAUCAUCGACGAGCGCACCCGAGAGCGGCUGGUGUACGAGGUGCGGCAGAAGUGCAGGAACAUCGAGGACAUCUGCAUCUCCUGCGGGAGCCUCAACGUGACCCUGGAGCACCCUCUGUUCAUCGGGGGGAUGUGCCAAAACUGCAAGAACUGCUUCCUGGAGUGCGCGUACCAGUACGACGACGACGGCUACCAGUCCUACUGCACCAUCUGCUGCGGCGGCCGCGAGGUCCUCAUGUGUGGCAACAACAACUGCUGCAGGUGCUUCUGCGUGGAGUGCGUGGACCUGCUGGUGGGCCCGGGGGCGGCGCAGGCGGCCAUCAAGGAGGACCCCUGGAACUGCUACAUGUGCGGCCACAAGGGCGUGUACGGGCUGCUGCGGCGGCGCGAGGACUGGCCCUCCCGCCUGCAGAUGUUCUUCGCCAACAACCACGACCAGGAGUUUGACCCCCCCAAGGUGUACCCGCCGGUGCCCGCUGAGAAGAGGAAGCCAAUCCGGGUGCUGUCGCUCUUCGAUGGCAUCGCCACAGGGCUGCUGGUGCUGAAGGACCUGGGCAUCCAGGUGGACAGGUACAUCGCCUCCGAGGUGUGCGAGGACUCCAUCACCGUGGGCAUGGUGAGGCACCAGGGCAAGAUCAUGUACGUCGGGGACGUCCGCAACGUCACCCAGAAACACAUACAGGAGUGGGGCCCCUUUGACCUGGUCAUCGGGGGCAGCCCCUGCAACGACCUGUCCAUCGUCAACCCGGCCAGGAAGGGUCUCUACGGUACGGUAGGAGAGGGCUGGGGCUGCACAGGGGUGGCAGGGGGCUCACAGAGACCCCCAGGCCUUAGCCCAGCCCCCUCGUUCCUCCCCACAGAGGGCACCGGGCGCCUCUUCUUCGAGUUCUACCGCCUGCUGCACGAAGCCCGGCCCAAGGAGGGCGACGACCGGCCCUUCUUCUGGCUCUUUGAGAACGUGGUGGCCAUGGGAGUGAGCGACAAGAGGGACAUCUCGCGCUUCCUGGAGUCCAAUCCCGUCAUGAUCGAUGCCAAAGAAGUGUCUGCAGCACACAGGGCACGCUACUUCUGGGGGAACCUGCCGGGCAUGAACAGGCCGCUCGCAUCCACCGUCAAUGACAAGCUGGAGCUGCAGGAGUGCCUGGAGCACGGCAGGAUAGCAAAGUUCAGCAAAGUGAGAACCAUCACCACCCGCUCCAACUCCAUCAAGCAGGGCAAGGACCAGCACUUCCCCGUGUUCAUGAACGAGAAGGAGGACAUCCUGUGGUGCACGGAGAUGGAGAGGGUGUUUGGCUUCCCCGUGCACUACACGGACGUGUCCAACAUGAGCCGCCUGGCCCGGCAGAGACUGCUCGGCAGGUCCUGGAGCGUGCCGGUGAUCCGCCACCUCUUCGCGCCCCUGAAGGAAUACUUUGCCUGCGUUUAGAGAUGGGCAGGGACUGGCCACACUCACGGAGCGAGUCGGUAACAAACCCAUCCACGCCAAGAGAAGUGACAACACGGAAUGAGAGAAGAGUCAGCACCCAGAAGAGAGACGGGAUUUCGCAGCCCGACGGGA